AUGGCAGACUACAACCAAGUCAGCGGCCGACUUGCCCUCAUCACGGGUGCAUCUGGCGGGAUCGGCUCCGCCUGCGCACACCAACUAGCCACCAAAAACAUCCACCUAGCCCUAACCUACCACACCAGCGCCAGCGCCAUCGAUGCACUCGCAACCACCCUCCGCCAAACGCACAACACCCUGCGCAUCACAACCCACCAAGUAGACAUGGCCUCCGCAUCACAGAUCGAGACCCUCUUCGCCGAGAUCGACGCCCAGCACGGCCAGCGGCCCGACAUCCUCAUCGCCAACGCAGGCCACGGCAAGCGCGUUCCCCAAGUGUGGGACAUCUCGCUGGAGGAAUUCGACCACACGGUGGAGGUGAACAUGCGGGCGGCGUUUAUCCUGGUCAAGGGCGUCGUCGAGCAUAUGAAGGAUCAGCGAUGGGGAAGAAUUGUCUUCAUGUCUUCUAUUGCGGGGUAUGGUGGGGGGAUCAAUGGGUGUCACUACGCAGCAUCCAAAGCGGGCCUAACAGGCAUGAUGAAGAACCUCUCAACCCGCCUCGCAGAACACAACAUCAGCGUCAACGACGUCGCGCCGGCCAUGAUCGGCGACACGGGCAUGAUCCCCAACGCGCAGGCGAUCCCCGAGGUGGCGGCGGGGAUUCCGCUGGGGCGGCUAGGAACGCCGGGUGAGGUGGCUAAUGUGGUCAGUAUGCUUGUCGAGACGGGGUAUAUGACGGGGCAGAGUUUGUUGCUUGCUGGGGGGUUGAAGUGA